ACAGUCAGUUAGUUUAUUGUCGCAAUGAUAUGUGUGUCUCCAGAUUACUGUAGAAAUGUAUAAACCUUUAAAGUAAAGGGACUACAGAAAAUGGCAACAAACCUGCUUGAUUUCACUGCCCUCUAUCGGCAGAGAAUGAAAGCCCUUUUACCAGCGGUUGGUGCUAUAACUGCUACAUCCUGAGAUCGGCGCCAAACGCACCAUUAUUUAAGGAGCACCCCCUCCCAAAAAGAAGGAGAAGAAGCAUUAAACAGGCUGAGUGAAUGUAGUCAUUUGGUGAUAACAAUAAAGUAGCAGUAUGUAUUUAGGUCGUGUCAGUUCGUGCGGUCCAGUAGUGUGCAUAAUGCUGUCCUUCGUGCUGUCCCGGAGUUUCUGCCAAGGUGUUACGGAGGCGCACCGGAGGUGUUACUCGACCUUUGGGUCGAUAUGUCGGACUUUUUCAACAUCGAGUCCGAAAUGCGAAGAAGCAUCAGACAACGGUUCAGUGGUGACCUACUCAGAGCUGAAGACCAUGCUGGCAAACCAUAACAUUCAGCUCUUUGAUGUGAGAAAUCCUGAUGAGUACCAGGCUGGACAAAUUCCCCAGGCCAUCAACGUCCCACUGGACAACCUGGAGGAGUCUCUGCAACUGUCCCCUGAGCUCUUUGAGCAAAGGUUUGAAGUGAAGGCUCCCACGAAAGCUGACGACAACAUUGUGUUUCACUGCAGAAGUGGCAUCAGGAGCACCAGAGCACUGAGCAUCGCUCAUCAGCUGGGAUUUAGCAAGGCGAGACAUUUUAAAGGAGGCUACUCAGAGUGGGUCGAGCGAGAAGGAAAGCGAAUCGGGUGAAAUCUGCACUGAAGUUCUUCAAAGUACUGUUCCUUUUAUUCAAUGCACUGUGACUGGGAUAUAUUUCUUAUUUUGUUCAAGAGUACUGUCAAAAGAAGUUUUUAACAGUUUUGCUGUAACUUUACUAAAAAUAUUACAAGUGCCCUUUUUAUCCUGCUUCAAGAUAUGACAUGAAUUGGCAGCUGAUGAAUGUGAAGGUUCUUUAAAUAAAAGCUA